AUGCUGCCGCAGCAUUUCGACCUAUUGAAAGGCCUUGUUAACACAAAUUACGUGGAGCAGGCUCAGCAGGCCAGGAACUCGCGUUCGAAGCAGGUCACCACGUUGCUGACGCAGCGUCGGCUUCCCGAUACAGGCUGGAACGAGGAUGACAUACAGCUGCUACUGGAGGAGAUGGCGUCGUUCGACACGAACAACUUCCAGGGCAACGUCGGAGUCGGCGAGCGGGAAGGCCGCGUCAUCAGUGAUCUGGUUCGACGACGACACUUCGGCCUGACACAUGGCAUCGGUCGAAGUGGUGAUGUCAUGGCGGAGCAGCCCAAAGCAGCUGGCUCAUCCCUCAUCGUCCAGCUGACCAAAUACUUAGCCUUGGAUGCGAUCCGUUUGGCUGGGAUCAAAGCAGUCAAAGCAUGUGCAGUACUGCCUGCUGCCACAGGACUGACGAUGACUUUGGUGUUCCUCGCCCUUCGCCAGAUGAGGCCGCAAGGCCGAUACGUGGUGUGGUCGAGGAUAGACCAGAAGUCUUGCUUCAAGGCGAUUGGAGCAGCCGGGCUCGAACCGAUUGUAGUAGAGCUCAAGCCCAUCGAAGGUACAGAUGCCCUGGGUACUGAUCUUGAAGGUAUGCAGGCUGCUAUCGAGCGUGUCGGAGCUGACAAGGUCCUUUGUAUAUGCACAACCACCUCCACUUUUGCGCCAAGAGUGCCAGACUUCAUCGACGAAGUCGCGCUAGUAGCCAGUAAGCUGGACGUGCCACAUGUUAUCAACAACGCGUACGGCUUGCAGUGCUCCAAGUGUACACAUCUUAUCGAGACCGGCUGUCGCCGAGGGCGAGUCGAUGCUUUUGUUCAGAGCACGGACAAGAAUUUCAUGGUGCCAGUGGGUGGAGCCAUUGUGGCCGGGCCUUCCUCCGCUCUAGUAGACAAGGUCUCCAGUCUUUAUCCUGGCCGUGCAUCGAUGGGGCCUGUGCUGGACCUCUUCAUUACCCUUCUGUCCUUGGGCGUCUCUGGCUGGACAGGCCUGCUCCAGGAAAGAAAGGAGAAUGCCAAGUGGUUUGAGCCCCCAGCUGCUGCUUUGGCCUUGUCUGAAUUUCUGCGGAGGUUCCGGCGAAUCGGAUUUCUUUCUGCAUCGACAUCACCUCCCUGGGAAGGCGGCAACCGCCGCAUGGACAAAAACGUUGCCUCUAGGACAUCGUGCCUUGCCUUGACGUGGCUCCGGGUGUUGAUAUAUGUGGCCAUCUGGAACGUGUCUGCGUCUGGAUCUGCGCCGACGCAACAGCCAGUGCUUGCUCUACAGGAAACGCCGCCGGCAGCUUGCAGCUGUGAGCCACUGGAUGCACACUGGCAGCAGUUGCGCGAGGCAACCUGGAAGGCGUUUACGCCUGACUUUGCCAAGCGGGUGCUGAACUACUCAGACCCCGUAUUCUUUUGGAUUCGAAACUUUCCGUGUCCUGAUCUACCCGCAACAAGUCCCCGUGGUGCUGCAGCGCUGUCAGAUUGUGCUCCUGGAGUGAUUCUUCUGCAUGUACUGUGCGCUCAGCGGAAGCUCCUGCAGCUGAGGUUUGACGAAGCCCAGGAGCAGCUCGUUGAGGCCUUGAUGGCCCUCCCUUUUGCCGAAGAGUGCCUGCAGCCGGAGGCAGUGCCGAGGUGGCCCACCUCUGCCUUCGACGUGCAAACGAACUACGUGCGCUUCUAUCGUGCAGUCUCCUACUACAUCCAAUCCGCGGAGUUGUUGGAUGAUCUUCUCUGGCAGCCCACUAGGACUUGUGUCGAUGACGAGGGGUGCUCGGACAUAUCCGGUCACGUGUGCAACAAGCGGUUGAAGCGCUGCAUCCCCAUCAAAGAUGGCUGUUCGGCCGAUGCGGAGGUGUGUCCGCCUGGCCGCUGGUGCACAUCCAUUACUUCCCCUGGCGAAGAUCGCUGCAGCCUCGAGCUGUCUCCCAUGUGCAUCAGCAACGGCGAACUUCAGGCAUUCCACCCCGGCAUUGAUUGCCUUCAGCGCGUGGACUACCCCGGCAUGAUCAAGGCUUGCUCAGAGAUGGGUACGACGUUGUACCCGUUGAACUGGUCCUCGAGCCCUUCCGAGCAGCUCCUGGCAGGAGUCCAGGGCAGGGAUGCCCUGAUCCUUCCGGUGACUCUACGACUCCGGAGUCCCUGGCACAUGCUGCACUCACUGGUGCCAGCUUACGCGCAGUCCAAAAUGGACGGCCGCUACGGUCUGCUGCAGUUGGGAGGAGAUUUCGAUCUUCUCAUCGUGGAUCAAGAUUUGGACAAGGACAGGCACAUCUGGGAGAAGGUGCUUGGCGACGGAGUGUCCGACACCACGAUGGGUGGUCUCGAUUUUUUGCUAGGGCUCAUCAGUGACCAGCCGUACAAGCUGCUCAAGGAAGUGGCAGGCAGCUGCUACCGCCGAGCUGUCUGGGGCCAUGAGCUGAUGCUAUAUUCUGGUGGUGGAUGGACGAAUGAAGCACAUAUGAGCCACUUCGUUCGUGCAGCCCGGGAUUUCGUUCAAUCGGAAAAAUUCGAGGACUCUGUUCGCGAAUCCCGACUUCUCCUGGUUGAACGGCGAAACAGCAGCGCAUGGGGGCGAUGGAUUGACAACUUCGACAGCGUUCGGGAAGCGGCGAAUGAGUGGGUCUCAAGUCAUCCAGACCUCAUCAGCAGCCUCGAGGUUGCCGAUCUGGCGGAGUUGUCCUGGCCAGACCAGCUGCGCUUAGCGGCACGGAUGAGGCUCAUGUUCGGAGCCCAUGGAGACGGUCUAAGCUGGUCCGUCUUCAUGGGCGAGGGAUCUGCCUUGGUGGAAGCAGUGCCCGCCCGGGAUGCAGGAUUCCAGGCCUGUGUCGAGGGUCAAGACAAGAACCCUUAUGGAAUCUUUGGUGGGAUAGCUCGGCUUGCACGAGUUUUGCACUUCUGCUUUCUGACAAAUGCUUCGGAGACGCAGGCCGCCGCGUCACGAUCAGAAGAGGACUUGUUUCAGUGGGGCUGGAGGCAGCUCAACUUGCACAUCAACAUCGACAAGCUUAGUGCGCAAGCAAUUUUCAGCGAAAGCUUUUUUGAAUUCCACUGCCAGCAGCAUGGAGUGGAGAAAUUCUAG